UUUAUGAUCUGCAUUAUGUCUGGAGAACGCACGGCGCCUGCUCUCUUCUUCCUCCUCCUCCUCCUCCUCCUCGGCUGUUCUGCGCUUGCGCUGGGCGUUGGCUCGGGCUCCCAGGAGCACCGCGAGGCUGAGUACUACGUGGCUGCUGUGUACGAGCAUCGGUCUGUCUUGAGCCCAGAUCCUCUGGAGCUGAGCAGCCGCCAGCAGGCCCUGGAGCUCAUGAAACAGAACCUUGACGUCUAUGAAGAGCAAGUGAUGGCUGCAGCCCAGGAGGGGGUGCAGAUCAUAGUGUUCCCAGAGGACGGCAUCCAUGGGUUCAACUUCACAAGAGCGUCCAUUUACCCGUUCUUGGACUUCAUGCCAUCUCCCAGGCUGGUCAGGUGGAACCCGUGCCUGGAGCCCUUCCGGUUCAAUGACACGGAGGUAGACACAUCCUUCCAACACUCUCUUGGAGGACAGAGUUGGGCCCAAGGACAGAAGUUACCGGGAGGGAGGCUUCAGCUCCAUAGGGAGACCUUCCUAAGAGCUGCUCAACAAUGAAUGGACUGCUCGUGAGGUAGCAUCACUGCAAGUGUUCAAGGUGGAAAGACAACCUGAGAAGGGACUCCUGCUUUUGUUAAGAGGUUAGACUGGAUGAACCUCAGGUCUCUCUCAAUUCUGAGAUUCUAGAAAAUUCCCUCAGGGAAUUCAGAAGAGAAUUCCUAAAAGGAAAGAGAAAGCACACAUAUGGUAUACUUUUAGAAUCCUCUUGAGUUUUCUUUUUUUUAAAAGGUACAAUAGAAAAUGUAGUCUACGGUCUUUAAAAUGCAUAUUUACCCUUCUACCACUAUUAAUCAGGAAGGGUUCAUUACAACUUCUUUAUAUUAUAAAGAAAAGAUGGAGAUUAUAUUUAUAAUUUUGUAAAUAUUUUAGAAAAAUGCUUAAAAUCUAGUAGUCAAUGCCCUAGAAACUUUAUAGAUUUUUAAGUAAUAUGCACAGAUACAAAUACAUUAUUCAUUAAAUACAACUCACAUCUGUGUUUUAUUAUACUCUAAAAUAUACAGGAAUCUUGAUGUACUGAAAGAGUGCAAGUAAAUACAGUAUUCAAGCAGUCACUAUUUCUAUGUACAUGCUCAGUAAUUCUUCAAAAAACCCACAAAAUUAUCAAAUAGACCAAAAUACUGUUCUGUGUUUUCACACUUUAUAUUCAGAAAAACCAGCUGAUAAUUUACAAUGUCAUAAAGUUCCAGUUUCACAAUACAAAAAAGUUAAGAUGAAAUUGAGUAUCAUUUGUUGCAAUGUAUGGAACUUUACCCAGCUCUAUGCAGACCCUACGUGAACUCAUCCUACUGGGAGGGUGACACUUACAGCAGAAGCAGAUGCACAGACGAGCGCUAUGAAAAGCCUAGCCUCAGCCUCUUCUCCACUACCUAAAAGGCAGUCUUGACUCUGGCAGGUGAUCUCUCCAGCAGUAAUAAGCCGCAGACAAACUACUCAGAUCUGAGUAGGAACUAAUGCAUGUAGCAGCUUAAAUCUUGCCCAACACAGGAAUGCCUUCCAAGGGACCUGAUU